GUCAUUGUCAAAUGUCACAAGAUUGUCAUUAUUUUAAAGAUUCGUUUUAUUUUUAUGUAUUUUAUAACAUUUAUCUGAAAAUUUGAAAAUAUUCUAUAUAUACUAAACAGAUAAUAUGUCUUAUCUAGUUCCACCAGAUCUAUUUUAUGGGCACGAAGACGCAAUCAUCCGCAAAAAGGACAUUGUAGGUUCAUCUCGACUAACUUCAUUUAUAGUCACAGUUAGUCCGGAAUCACUUACGUAUAUAGACAUACAAAAUUUCAUAGAGGCUGGACUGCGUAUACUCAGAUUUAAAAUGAACCUUGUGAAACGGGAGGAGAAUUUGAAAGUAUUGGCGAUGUUGGAAGAAGCUGAAAAAGCCUGCUGUGAUAAAUAUGGUCUGAAUAGCUGGCCCAUUGGUGUGGCCAUCGAUAUACCUAAUGCGACAUGCCGCACAGGAUUACUCGAUGAAAGCAUACAAGAGAAUGCAGUUUUAUUAAAAAACCGAGAUAUAAUAGAGUUAACGUCAGACAGCAAAUGUUGGAACAAAUGCACUUCGAAACUUAUAUUCAUGGACGAUCAUUAUACUUUCCCGUCCAUAAAAGUAGGCACUGAGAUAACCGUGAGGUUCGGCCACAUAGUUCUUGUUUGCACCGAAAUCGUGUCUUCAAAUUUGAUCAAGUGCAUGGUGAAAAGGCAAGGUCUAUUAAGAAACUGCGAAUUUUUGAAACUGCGCGGAGUGAAACACUUACGGCCGCCAAUGGGAAAAAAUGACAUGGACCUUCUACAUUUUGCUGUGGAACAUAAGUUUGACGUCAUAAUUAUAAAUGGUAUUCGUUAUGCAAAGACUGUUCAAAGGAUCAAAAAUGUUUUUGUGGAGAGCAAAGGCCGUCCUCCUAUUGUCGUAGCCACUAUUUGUGAUCAAGAGGGAUUGGACAAUUUAGAAGAUAUUAUGAAAGAAGUUGAUGCAAUUGUUUUAGCCAGAGAAUUUCUCGCUUACGAAAUUUUAAAUAUAAAUGCAAUGUGUGCUAUUCAACUAAAAGUUGGUGCCGAGUGCAGAAAGCAUGGCAUACCAUAUUAUGUAUCGGGAGAUAUAUUGGAGCACACUCUGGUUAAAGGAGAGCUUAUAUGCCACGAGAUUACUGAUAUAACAAACAUAGUUCUGCAAGGCGGAGGCUUGAUGCUCCGCACCUACUCGGAUCCCAACUAUGUUCUACAAGCGAUAAAACUGUUGAACGCUGUCUGUAAAACGACUGAAACCGUCUCUAAAUCAGAUUUCUGGGAUUUGGUUAUGGCGUGGAAAGAGCCAGUGAAUGCGGCAGAAGCCGCCGCGUUAGGUUGUGCUAUUUCAACUUGGCAGACUGAUGCUAAGAUAAUAAUUGUGUUAACUGUGUCGGGAAAAUCUGCUAUACUGCUGGCACACUUGUGUCCGAAAGUUGUGGUGAUGACGGUAAGCGCAGACCCCGCUACCGCACGGAAGCUGUUAUUGUACCGUGGUAUCCUCCCUCUUGUGUAUAAAGAGACUCCGAUGAAGCAUUGGAUCGACGAGCAGUACGCACGCAUAGAGUACGCAACGCAAUACGCACUGAAACACGACAUUAUGAUCUACGGAGACAACUACGUGGUCCUUCGGAAGUCGUCGCCAUCGAGCUGUUUUGCCGACAACGUCAGUUCUUGGAAAGUUGUUGUAGGAGAAUCGAAAAAACUCUUUGAAUUGUGUGACGUAUCUUCAGAUGAACAUGUUAAGAAUAAGAAGGACCUCAUGUCUCAUUUCCAUAUGAUGGCAUAAUUUUUAUCUUCCCUUUACUCUGUGUCUUCAUUAUGAGUUUGUCAUUCUUGUCCAUGGUGUUACCAGAUGGUGUCACAUUGUGCCACAUCCAUUGCUCCAUUGUUUUAUGCAGUUUGGUUUUAUUUCUACCUGAGAUAAUUAGAUUAUAUUAUAUGUGUAUGAAAAAUAUUCUAAUUCUAAAGUCUAAUUUGGCAUAUUUAUUGAUAUCACGUGAAAUAUACAGAAAAGUUUUCAUAUAAAUAAUGUAGCCUUAAAAACCAAUGGAUGAUUUUAUUGUUUUAUUGUAUUUUUAUAAGAUAUGUUUUUUAUAUUUUAUUAUAAAUUGCCAAAGUUGAGAACUAAUUUGUAAUACACAUAUUUUGAUACAAAUAUAACCAUAAUGUUAUGGCAUUAUUUUGUUUUUAUUUUUACUAAAGUUGUGUUCGCCGUUUAAUUUACAGAGGUAUUCAAAAAGCAAGUAUUGAGUAAAUAAUUAUUAAGGUAUUUUUUUUUGUAUUUAGUUUCACGUUUAUUUUUUUAAUUUCAUUUAUUUGUUAAUGAUUACUAAAAUGAUACUUAUUGUG